AUGAUGAUGAUGUCUCUGAACAGCAAGCAGGCGUUCGCCAUGGCCCACACCAGCUUGCCCGAACCCAAGUAUUCCAGUUUGCAUUCAUCUUCGAGUGCGCCUUCGUCUUCCUGCUCUUCUUCCAGACUUAGUAGUACUAUCAGCAGCAGCGCAGAGACGAUGCGCCGAGCCUGUCUCCCAACCCCACCGAGCAAUAUAUUCGGAGGUUUGGAUGAGAGCUUGCUGGCGCGCGCUGAAGCUCUGGCGGCGGUGGAUAUAGUCUCUCAGACCAAGAGUCACCACCACCCUCCUCAUCACAGUCCUUUCAAGCCGGACGCGACCUAUCACACCAUGAACACUAUCCCUUGCACCUCUUCCUCUUCCUCUUCCUCAUCAGUGCCAAUUUCGCACCCCUCCGCGCUGGCGGGCCACCACCACCACCACCAUCAUCACCACCAUCACCAGCCUCAUCAGGCUUUGGAGGGGGACCUGCUGGAUCACAUCACCCCGGGUCUGGCGCUCGGGGCUAUGGCAGGACCGGACGGAUCUGUGGUCUCCACGCCAGCUCACCCUGCCCACAUGGCGGGAAUGAACCACAUGCACCAGGCGGCCCUCAACAUGGCACACGCCCACGGGCUGUCCUCUCACAUGAGUUGCAUGAGCGACGUGGACGCUGAUCCCAGGGACUUGGAAGCCUUCGCUGAGAGGUUUAAGCAGAGGCGUAUUAAACUCGGGGUAACGCAGGCGGAUGUAGGAUCAGCGUUGGCCAACCUAAAGAUUCCAGGGGUUGGCUCGCUCAGUCAAAGUACCAUCUGUCGAUUCGAGUCCCUCACGCUGUCUCACAACAAUAUGAUCGCUUUGAAGCCCAUCCUACAGGCAUGGCUGGAAGAAGCAGAGAAAUCGCACAGGGAGAAACUGAACAAACCCGAGCUCUUCAACGGAGCCGAAAAAAAGAGGAAGCGCACUUCUAUAGCAGCGCCAGAAAAGAGGUCUUUAGAGGCGUACUUCGCCAUUCAGCCCCGUCCUUCCUCCGAGAAAAUAGCAGCUAUCGCAGAAAAACUGGACCUGAAAAAGAACGUGGUGCGGGUCUGGUUUUGCAAUCAGCGACAGAAACAAAAACGCAUGAAAUACUCUGCAUGCGUCUAA